UAUAAUAAUCGAAAGCUGUAAAUUUAACUCCUCUGUCAAAUUAGUAACAUAACCUCCACAUUUCCGUGCUUCUCAAGACUCAUUUAAAUUAUUAAAUUGCCAUUUAAAAAUGACUACCGCCGCCAAUAAAGGAACUUUCCAACCGGACUCAGAUGUGCACAUCACAUACGAGGACCAACAGAAAAUCAACCGAUUCGCACGAUUAAACGCCAAAUUAGAAGAUUUAAAAGGAGACGUUAAAGUGAAGGAGAAUGAUCUGCAGAGCAUCGAAGACGCCUGUGAGGAAAUUGAGCUGUUCGAUGAUGAGGAGAAAAUUCCUUAUUUGGUAGGAGAGAUUUUCAUAUACCACGACUUGGAAACGGCACAGAAAUGUCUUGAAGAAGCCAAGAAAAAAAUCCAAGAGGAAAUUAAGGAACUCCAACAAAAAUCCAAAGAAGUGAAAGAGACCAUGAGCGACUUGAAAACGCAUCUUUACGGAAAGUUUGGAGGACACAUCAAUUUGGAAGCCGAUGAAGAAUAGUAGUAUAUUUUUUCAAAUUGCACAUUUAUUUAUACAUUUAUGCUCAUGACUCACACCAUUCAAUCUUAUAAAUACAGUGUUCAUAAAUAUGGAAUAGGUAUUUAAGUUUAUUUAAUAAAUAAUAUUAAAACA